AUGGAAGGCGUCGCCACUCGGAUCCCCAAGACCCUGACCCUUUUUCGUAGUGCUCGAGGGAUCCGUUCUGUUCCGUGCGUCCCUACAGGCAACUCCUGCAAAGAGGGACUCAGCCGCGGCUGCGGGACCCGGACACCGGGAGGCGGUGGCGGCGGCGGCGGCGGCGGCGGCAUCGACGACAGUAGAGGAGGAAGAGGAGGAAGAAGGAGAGAAAAAGAAGAGCCAGGCGGAGUCCGCAACAACGACAGCGGGGACUGCGGGACCGGGCAAAGCGACGGCGGCGGCGGCGGCGACGACGGCCCAGCAACCCCGCCGCACCACCACCAGAAUGCCACCCCCAGCCCUGCUGCUUUUAUAAAUAAUAACACGGCUGCCAACGGCAGCAGUGCCGGGUCAGCAUGGCUCUUUCCCGCCCCGGCCACCCAUAACAUCCAGGAUGAGAUCCUGGGGUCAGAGAAAGCAAAAAGUCAGCAACAGGAACAGCAGGACCCUUUGGAAAAGCAGCAGCUCUCCCCCAGCCCCGGCCAGGAGGCUGGCAUCCUGCCCGAAACCGAGAAGACAAAAUCCGAAGAGAGUCCAGGGGACACUUCUUCAGAAAACAGCAACGGGAAGGAGAAAAUAAGAAUUGAGUCGCCAGUGUUGACAGGGUUUGAUUACCAAGAAGCCACGGGGCUCGGUGCUUCCAGCCAGCCCUUGACGUCCAGUGCAUCGUCUCUUACUGGUUUCAGCAACUGGUCAGCAGCGAUAGCACCUUCCUCCUCCACAAUCAUCAACGAGGACGCGAGCUUCUUUCACCAGGGAGGGGUCCCGGCCGCCUCGGCCAACAACGGUGCUCUGUUGUUCCAAAAUUUCCCCCACCACGUCAGCCCCGGCUUUGGAGGCAGCUUUUCCCCGCAGAUCGGGCCUCUGUCACAGCACCACCCUCACCACCCUCACUUUCAGCAUCAUCACAGCCAGCAUCAGCAGCAGAGGAGGUCCCCGGCCAGUCCCCACCCCCCGCCUUUCACACAUAGAAACGCUGCUUUUAACCAGCUGCCUCAUUUGGCCAAUAAUCUUAACAAACCCCCCUCUCCAUGGAGCAGCUACCAGAGCCCCUCUCCCACACCAUCUUCCUCAUGGAGCCCCGGAGGUGGUGGAUACGGGGGCUGGGGAGGCUCCCAAGGCCGAGACCACCGCAGAGGGCUGAACGGAGGGAUAACGCCCCUGAACUCCAUCUCGCCUUUGAAGAAGAAUUUUGCAAGCAAUCAUAUUCAGCUGCAGAAGUAAGCUCGCCCCAGCUCUGCCUUUGCUCCUAAAUCCUGGAUGGAAGAUAGCUUGAACAGGGCUGACAACAUUUUUCCUU